AAACCUGAGAAAUCGCGAGAAGAUCAUUGGAUGCUCAAUAUAAUGUGCACCGAUGUUUUUCCACUACCCCACUCUUUAUAAAUAUUUUCAGUAUAAAUUGGGCAUUGUGAAAAUCGGCCACAACACUACACGAAGAGAUCUUCCUGUAAGCACGACUAUAGCUGUGUUGUAAUUCGUAUAAGCAACUAUGAAUACAUCAAUGCAUCUAAACAUGACCAGUGCAAUAUUAGUAGCGGCGAUGCUCGCCGCAGUCGUCGUCGUCGUCGCGGAAGCGGCUGCGAUCCCGCAACUUCCGCAGGCGGCUCAGUUCGGACCGGAAGCCAGAGGAUAUGCGCCCGGUUACGGUUACGGCGGCGUCCAAGUGCCGGUUAGCGUGCAGGCCACACCAGCCGUCGGAAAAUCGGUGCACCUACACCAACACCAUCAGCAGCAGCACUACUAUGCGGACGCAUCCGCACCGGUGGUGGUCGGUUACGCUCCGUCGGCCGUCUACAAACCUGACCUGUCGGCGUACGCGUACGGCGCAUCGCCGGACGUGGAAGCUCUGCGCAGGUUCGACCCUGUGGUCCGGCCUGUGCAAACGGUGGUGCCAAAGGUGACGGCCGUCGAGCCAUCGGUGACCGUGCAAAAGUCGUUUGUAGACGUGCCCGUCGUCCAUCACCACGGCCACCGUUUGGCGUACGUCACGGCGGCGGGGACGGCCGCGGUGGUGUCGGCCGACUACGCGGCGCCGUACUACAACUAUCAGGUGGUUGACCGAUGAGCGAAAAUUAAAAACGAAAAAUGUAUCAUAUUUUUUUUUUCUCCUGAACGUUUAUUAUUAUAAUGAUAUUGUAUAAUUUAUAUACAUUUAUAUAUAUUGUUAAAACGUUUUACGCCACUGUAGUGGGUCGUAAACAUAUUAUAUUACAAUGAUUAAAUUUAAAUAAUUUUUCAUUA